UCAAACUCACAUGCUUAUUUUGUUUACAUUUUUGCAUCGAAGAAAAAAUCAAAAUACAAAAUAAAUAAAAAUGACGGAAAAUAAGGAACAACCUACUUACCAACUCCGAGAAAUGAAAGCUGAAUUGGGUCUUCUUACAAAAUCCGAUGGAUCUGCGAUGUUCGCUCAAGGAAAGACAACAGUUCUCGCCAACGUCAAUGGUCCCGUCGAAGUCUCCCUGCAAAACAUGAACAUCGAAAAAGCCUUUGUCGAAGUCUAUUAUCGCCCAAAGAGCGGUUUGCCAAGUGUUGACGAUCGAUUUAUGGAGAAAUUCGUGAAACAAAGUAUCGAAGUUGCACUUUACUCGGAGCUGCAUCCCCGAACUUCGUAUCGGAUACAAUUGCAAGAACUCGAAAAUCGCGGAGGAGUCCUCGCAUGUGCCGUAAAUACAGUUAGUCUUGCCCUGUUGAAUAGCGGAUUGGAACAAAAGUAUCUCGUGGCAGCAGUUUAUUGUGCGGUGAAUGAAGAGGGAGAAAUUCAUGUAGAUCCAGAUUUGAGAAAAGAUCAAGUAACGCAGGCACAAAUGACUUUUGUGUUUGAUAGUUUGAUGACGAAAGCUGUGGCGGUGCAUACUGAGGGGACUUUUACGAUGGAGCAGUAUAAAAAGGCGAUGGAUUUGUGCAGAAGUGCGAGUGAAAAGGUGUUUGAGUUUUAUAGAGAUAUCAUAAAGAAGACGUCGGUGCUGCUUUAAGGAAGAAAGGAAUAAAGAAUAUUUUUGUUAAGAAAUCCAAAUUUUCAUUAAU